GGGCUCCCCGGCAGCGCGUGCGCCCUGCGGCGCUGGCCGGGCUGGCCGCCGGAGUGCGCAUGCGGGCGGCUCGCGCAGGCCCGGCAGUUGCAGCCGUAGCUCCGGCCCCUUCUCUCCCCUGCCACGUACGGGUGGCGGCGGCGGCGGCGGCCGGGCCCGGCCUGCCCUUCACCGGCGGGACCGCGGAUGAAGCCAGACUUCCUGUUUUCUGACACUGAUAGUACAUGGCAACUUAUCCUGUGUCCUGAAGUGAGUGAACUGUGUCCAAUAAUCCAGCAUCAGUAAGAUAGACAAGAUCUAUUGUUUUGGCCCUGUCCAAAACAGUGAAGAAAGAAGGCGACAUAUGACUAGCUAUCUAGAUGUUUUUUUUUUCAUUCCUCUGCUCAGUUACUUAUCUGUAGUUUCUGUUUUUCUUUUAAUUUAAGGCCUUUGUGUUAUUUAACAAGAGAGAUGCCUCAUACAAAGUGGUCUGCAGACAAUAAGGAAUCCACCAUGAACGGGCAGCUGGACUUAAGUGGGAAGUUGAUCAUCAAGGCUCAGCUUGGGGAAGAUAUUAGGAGAAUUCCUAUUCAUAAUGAAGAUAUCACCUAUGAUGAAUUGGUGCUAAUGAUGCAAAGAGUUUUUAGAGGAAAACUUCUGAGCAAUGACGAAGUCACAAUAAAAUAUAAAGAUGAAGAUGGAGAUCUUAUAACAAUUUUUGAUAGCUCAGAUCUUUCCUUUGCAAUUCAGUGCAGUAGGAUACUUAAGCUGACAUUGUUUGUGAAUGGACAACCAAGACCCCUAGAAUCUAAUCAGGUGAAAUACCUGCGUCGAGAGCUGAUUGAACUUCGCAAUAAAGUCAAUUGUUUACUGGACUGUUUAGAACCACCAGCUGAACCAGGACUUUCCACUAAUCUCCCUGAAAGUGAUGCUGUAGAUGGUAGGGAAGAAAAGCCUGCUGCUGCUGACUCUAAUGUUAAGCCAUCUACUCAAGUUAUAGCAGCAAGCAUGUCGGCAUUUGAUCCGCUAAAAAACCAGGAUGAAAUCAGCAAGAAUGUCAUGUCAGCGUUUGGCUUGACAGAUGAUCAGGUGUCAGGACCACCCAGUGCCCCUGCAGAAGAGCGAUCGGGAACACCAGACAGCAUCGCUUCCUCCUCUUCCGCAGCCCACCCCCCUGGUGUUCAGGCACAGCAGCCGCCUUACCCUGGAACACAGCCACAGCCUGGUCAGGUGGAAGGUCAGAUGUAUCAACAGUACCAGCAGCCUGGUUACCCUGCCCAGCAGCCACAGGCUCAGCCUCAGCAGCAGUACGGGAUGCAGUACCCAGCAGGCUACAGCCAGCAGCAAACCCCCUCACAGCCAGCCCAGCAGUUCCCGGCCUACAGCCAGCCUGCCGCCCCGGCCGCCGCCUUCCCUGGGCAGCCGCAGCAGCUGCCGGCGCAGCAGCCUCCGCAGUACCCGGGAGGCAGCUACCCCCCGCAGCCCUACACCACCCAGGCCUCUCAGCCCGCACCCUACAGCGGCCCCCCCGCCUCCCAGGCGGCCCCUGGCACCUACCAGCCACGGCCAGGCUUCACCUCCCCGCCUGGCAGCACCAUGACCCCCCCGCCCAGCGGGCCCAACCCCUACGCCCGCAACCGGCCUCUCUUCAGCUCCCAGGGCUACACCCAGCCGGGACCUGGCUACCGGUAAGGAGGUGCCGCCCGGACGUGCGUGACCAGCCCCUGCGAUUCCACCCCAACAGACUCCAGGAUUUGUGAUGGAGAGUCCACAACUGUAAUGAGGCAAAACUAUAGCUGUUAAUUAAAUUCUGCUGGGGGGAGAAGGGUAAAGAUCAAAUGAAUCUUUCCUGCUUUAAAUUGUAUCUGCUUCCUAGUUUAAUUUGGGGCUGGGUUGUUUUGGGGAAUCACUACCUAAAUGUCUGUAAAGUGAUUGACAUUCUAGCUUGCCUUGUUUGAAGGAUAUGAAGAUUCUAGUUGGAAGUUUAGCCCACUUAUCAGGCUUGUUUCUACUAAUACCGUGAUGUACUAAAUUAGAUUCCUUCUGGAGGUAAAACCUAGAUAUGAUGUAUUAUAAAUUGUAAUGCUCACAUGGAAAACUAAUAAAAACCCUGAAUCUA